GUCGUUAACCUCGCAUAUUCUGAAAGAAUUAUUCCGUUCAAACUAUAAAUUAUAAACUUCAGGUUUUGGGCAUCAUCUCUCUACGCUUCUGGAAUUUUCACCCCUCUCCGCCACCGCUACACGAACCAUGCCUCGCCGAAGCUCCGGUGGAAGACGUGCUUCCCGUGCACCCCCUCGCCCUGCUUCAGUGCGAAAUCCACCUCAGCCAGUUAACCAUGCUCCUUCUCCAGCUCCUGCACAGGCUGGCAGUGGUGGAUCCAUUCUAGGAGGCAUUGGUUCAACCAUAGCUCAGGGAAUGGCUUUUGGCACUGGAAGUGCAGUGGCCCACAGGGCUGUGGAUGCUGUGAUGGGUCCUCGCACUAUUCAACAUGAAACUGUGGUCUCUGAGGCAACUGCUGCUGCCCCGGCUCCUACUACAAACAGUCUUAGCGGCUCUGAUGCAUGCAGUAUUCAUUCCAAGGCAUUCCAAGAUUGCUUGAACAACUAUGGGAAUGACAUCAGCAAGUGUCAGUUCUACAUGGAUAUGCUGGCCGAGUGCAGGAGGAACUCUGGUUCUAUGUUGAAUGCCUAAUCAAAUUCCCUUUGCCAUUUAAUGGAAAAUUUGCACCACAUAUCCUAAUUUUAUGUUUGUGAUGAUGGUGAUUUGGUACUCCAGUUAGGGUUGAAGAUUUUAUGUCCUUAACAAUCUAGAAAGACUAUAAUGGUUCUUUAUUCAUUCACCUCUUUUUUAUUGUUGGAAGGGGAACUUCCAAAACAAUCCUAUUCUGAUUGCUGAAAUCUUGAGGUUUUUACUA